UGUGAAAAAAAUAAUUCGUCUUUUCGCGGCUCGAAAUUUAAAGGUCUUUGGGAUCGAUUUGCGAUCAAAAAUGCAUUCCUUUCUAUUUAUCGAUUUGAAAACGCAAGUAGCACUCUUCCUUGGGGUGUUUCUGUUCUAUUCUCUGGCGCUGUCAUUCGCCAACAAAGUUGACGGCGAGGAAUCGUGCCGGGUUUACGCUGGAGGUCAAGUUUACCCACAGGAAAGAAAGACGAGUGAACACGCUUUGCAUUGGAGCAAGGCUCAAAUUGCAAAACCAGCUCCAUUUUGGGAGGGAGUUGCAGUCGUUAAUGGCGAAUUCAAAUCAUUAAACAUAACAGAUUUCCACGGUAAAUAUUUGGUGUUUUUCUUCUACCCAUUGGACUUCACAUUUGUAUGCCCCACUGAAAUCAUCGCCUUCAGCAACCGCAUUGAAGAGUUUCGUAAAAUCAACACAGAGGUUGUUGCUUGUUCAGUGGAUUCAGUCUUUACACAUCUAGCAUGGAUAAACACUCCAAGGAAAGAUGGUGGUUUGGGAAAACUCGCCUAUCCUCUGCUCUCUGAUUUAAACCAUCAAAUUGCAAAAGAUUAUGGAGUCUUGUUGGAAAACGAAGGACACACCUUGAGAGGACUCUUCAUUAUUGAUGACAAAGGAGUUUUAAGACAGAUAACGAUGAAUGAUCUGCCGGUCGGCCGAUCAGUCGACGAGACCUUACGAUUGGUUCAGGCCUUCCAAUAUACGGAUAAACACGGUGAGGUGUGCCCGGCAGGGUGGAAACCUGGGGCGGACACUAUUGUACCUGACCCCAAAGAGAAACUGGACUAUUUUACGAAACACGACGAGGAAGGACCCGAUUCGCCCAAAGAAGAAAUGUAGUGGUUGACUUUUUCGGAUCCUCGCACUGAUCUCAAAACUCUGUCUGGAUGGAUGUUUAGGUAGCAAACGGAUAUAGCGGUUACGAUCACCAAUUAUUUCUCUUUGUCCUCAAUCCUAAUUUUGAACGCUAAUCCAAAACCCGAACCUUAAUCCCUAAUCUAUUUUGCAACAUAAAACUCGUGCAUUAUCCAGUCUCGGUUUUGAGGUCAGUGGUGAGCGGAGUGAACCGGAUAUGUUAAUGGAUAAGAUGGGAUAAAGAUGGAUGAAUACAAUGGC